AUGGUAGGAGAUGUAAAUAAAGACCAACUCAAUGCAGCAAACCAUAAAUUUCGUGACAUUCUUACAUUGAAUAACAUGAAAAAUAUUAUAGAUGAACCAACAAGAGUAACAAGUCAAUCUAGCACACUUAUCGAUCCGAUUGCAAUAACAAAAGAUAUUCAUUACUUUGACGCAGGAACUUUUGAAACUGACACAGAUAUAAGUGAUCAUUUUGGUACCUACGUUCACAUUAAGAUUGAUCUACAAUUAAAUUCAUCUUACAAAAGACAAGCAUGGAAUAACAAAAAUGCAAAUUUUGAGCUAUUUAAUACUCUUAUAAGUAAUACUGACUGGUCGUUUUUAAAUCAUGGUAGUUUAGAUAGCGCGGCUGAUUCUUUUGUUGAAAGAUACAUAGAUCUUGCAAAACUUUGUAUUCCAACAAGUUUAGUAACAGUCCGUCCCAAUGACAAACCUUGGUAUACUUCUGAAAUACGAAAAACUUCACGUCAGCGUGAUCGACAAAAACGUAUAGCAAUAAAUUCUAACAAAGUAUCUGACUGGAAAAUUUAUAAAAAUCUCAGGAACAAAGUCAAUAAUAUGAAAAAAUAUGCAAAAGAACAAUUUUAUAACUCUAUAGAAUUUUCACUGAAUGAUUUAAGUUCUUCAAAUCCUCGACAGUAUUGGAAACUUGUUAAAACCCUAAUGAAAGAAAAUUCGGUAAAAAGUGAAAUCAUUCCACCGUUAUUAAACAACGAUAAUACUUAUUCAACGUCAGAAUUUGAUAAGGCGAAUACGCUUAAUGACUUCUUUGUCGCUGUUUCUAAUGCUGAUGAUUCUAAUACAGAUCUUCCAGACUUCAGAUUAAAAACUGACUCUACAUUAGAUAAUCUUGUUAUUACAGAACAAGAUGUGAUAGAUGUACUAUCAAACUUAAUGGUUAAUAAAGCAAGUGGCCCGGAUCAAAUUAGCCAUCGCAUGUUAAAAGGAACAGCGUCAACUAUUUGCAAACCUCUGUGUAUCCUCUUUAAUAGAUCAGUUAGAGAACACUCUUAUCCAAUUUCUUGGAAAAAAGCUCAUGUUAUGCCUUUGUUUAAGAAAGGUCCAAGGAUAUGGCUUCCAAUUACAGACCUAUCUCAUUAA